CAGAGAUAGUUAACGUAAACAUGGCGCUUUCAACGGACCGGUUGAACUUAAAUAAUCAUGAAAUAUUUCGCAAAAUACGGGAACGUUUGCCAAAUCAACAAUUGAAGACUAAGAACUUAAUGGUGUGCAGUGAUGACAUGUUAUUUGUGUGGGAUCCAGUGGAAGAAUGUCUGCUGACAUUGUCUUUGAGGAGUCCGGACCGUGAGGGCUGCCCAGAAGAGCGCGCCUUUCAGACGCUGCUGCCGCAGAGCCCGCCCAGCUUCCCCGUGGAGCGGAUCCGCUGCAGCGACACUGGCCGCCAGGUGGCCCUGUACGGGCCCCGCGGAGUGGCCGUGCUCGACGUGCCCCGACGCUGGGACCUGUCCGGCAAGUUCCAGCAGGGCAGCAAGACGUGCAGGGAAAGCGUACGACCGCUGGAGGCCGGACCGCCGACGCCGACGUCGAGUGGCCCAUCAUGGUGUUGCGCGGAAAUGGCGACGUGUACUCGGUGCUGGUGCCCCUCGCGGCCAAGGACGGCGGCGCCCUCCCGCGGCCGGUGGUGCGCGGGCCCCUCACCAUGUACCCUCCGGCCGACGACAACUACGGCGUGGACGCGUGCUCCGUGCUGGUGCUGCAGACGUCGCCGCCGCUGCUGGUCGUGGCCACCAGCGCCGGCACCCUGUACCACUGCCUGCUGCUCUCCCCCGAGGACGGCGGCGGCGACGCGGCCGACCUCAGCCUGCGUGACCUCAGCAUCCGGGACCUCCGGGACCUCAGCGCCGUGGACGACGAGGACGCACUGCGCAAGGAGGUCUCCAAGAUGUGGACUUCGGUAGCCAACAACUCUCUGGCAGGGCAGCCAGUUUUACAUGUAUUCGAGUCUGUGGAGUUGGAACUUGGCCUGUCACUAGAUGAUGACCUAUUGGGUGACGUGUCUUUUAACUGUCCAUUACACCUCCAAAACCACCCAACCUCAAAUGAUAGGUAUCUCGUCAGUCAUGAGGCAGGCAUUCACAUUCUUUUCCUCCCAAUAGUUGCCCAGCUCACUAAAUUUGUCAACGCGUCUGAUGAUUAUGCUGAAAGCUGUCUUCCAAAAUUCGACAGCCAAAGUAACUCAGUCGCUGAAUACCUACUCUGCACCAGAGUUUGUGGAGGAGGAAAUGGAAAUGUGCCAUCAGAAAGCUCUACAACAUCACCCAUCUUAGGGCUUGCUUUGAGCUCCGCUCCUGCCACACUCAUUGCUCUUUUGGCCGGAGGGGAGGUUGUGAGCCUUCUUCUUUCAUCUCUGCAUUUGCCAUCCAUCUCUUCUCAGUCCAUUCUCUCCUUGAAUUCUCUAACAGGCAACCCCAAACUUAAUGAAGAAGCCUUUGAUGAACAUAUUCGCAAACUGUUAAAACAUCGAGGAACCCUACCUAUAUUUAAAUUUGAGGAAAAAGCAAUGUCAUCUCCUCAAGAAGCAUUGAAGUUCAUUAAUCGUGGAACACAACUUCUGUAUGAAAAGUAUUUUCAAAGGCAUGAACAAGCCCAUGAAGAUAUUGAAAAUAGAAUGAAACGUCUUCAGAGAAUUAAGGAACAUCAACUGAGUGAUCUCUCAAAUUUAGAGAAAGAAAGAUCAGAUUUGAAAUCUAAAGUAGAAGUGCUGGUUGAAAAACUGAAUGAGAUGAAAAAAAAACAAGAGGAACUUAGUGACCGAGCUGAACGUGUUCUACGAAAUGCCAACAUGAAACAGCCUCAGGUUUCCAAUGCGGAAGUGCAAAUGAGAAAAGAUCUUAGCACUAAACAAAUCAAAUUGGUAGAGAUGAGGGAGAAAUUAGACAAGAUAAGAAAAUAUUCAAUGGAUCAGAAGUCACAGUUGGACCGCUGGAACCUACACCAAAAGAAGAGAGUGGUUCCAAUGAAUGAUACCCACCAAGAUGUCAUCAAGAACAACCUAAAACAAAUGAGGGAAGAAUUAAGCUCAUUAGUAGAAAAGGUGAAGUCAAGCCAAACAGAACUAGAAUUGUAAGGUUCCCUUUUCCUGUUACUGAACUCUGUGUGAUGAUCUCACAAAUUUGUCAACUUUUGUCAACUAACUUAAUACAAAUGUACCAAACUAAAUGAAUCAAUAAAAAUAAAUGCAGAAACAACAUGUA